AUGGCCUGCUCCGACCUCUGCCGCCCCUGCGGACCCACCCCGCUGGCUAACAGCUGCAACGAGCCCUGUGUCAGGCAGUGCGAGGACUCCCGCGUCGUCAUCCAGCCUCCCGCCGUGCUCGUCACCCUGCCAGGACCCAUCCUCAGCUCCUUCCCCCAGAGCACCGCCGUCGGAUCCUCCUCAUCGGCUGCCGUGGGCAACGUCCUCAGCUCCCAGGGAGUGCCCGUCUCCUCCGGAGGCUUCGGCUUCGGCUACGGCUACGGCUUGGGCGGCCUGGGCUGCUUCAGUGCCAGAAGAGGCUGCUACCCCUGCUAAGGGCCCUCACCACCACCCCUGACACCAACCACCCACACCCUGGAAGCCACGGCAUCGAUUGAGGACGCAGCUCCGGGCUGUUGCUGGCACAUGGGCUCACCCUCCAUGGCUCCUCCUCUCAAGGCACCAUGAAAAGAGACAGGGAAGGGGGAGCCCCGGCUGCCUUGAAACUUGGCCCAUGUACCUCCUCCUUUUCUCCAACUGUCUUCUUUGCAUCGCCUCUUCUGCUAUUUCCCUUUCUCUCUGCUGCAAACAGCCUCUCACAAGCCAAAGCCCACUUGGAGCUCCAGUGAGCUACUCCUACUGCAGGGCAGGAAGACCUCAGAGAUCUGACAAAAUCAACUGCACAAAAGGGCUCUCGGCUUGUGGUCGCUGUACUUCCACCACAGAUCGGUUCUCUUCCACUCGGCGCUCCUGCCUUUUCCCUGUGUUUUUCCCUCAAUAAAGUUCUCCUGCAAACCACCCAAA